GCCGCGGCUCCCCGCUCCCUCUCCCACCGCCCCCCGCCGCCGCCGUCGUGAGGGGGUGGCUCGCUCGCCGCCUUUCCGCCCACCUCCGAGACAGCUGGGCCGCCGCCGCCAUGCCCGAGCCGCAGGCUCUCCACGGGCCUAGGCGCGGCGGCCCGAGAUAGGGUCCCCUCCGCCGCCGCCCGGGGGAGGAGAGAGAGAGAGCGAGCCAACCGUGCGCUCCGCCCCCUCCCCCUGGGGCUGUCGCUGCCGCCGCCGCCUCCGUCGGGCGGGGAGGAGAAGGAGGAGGACCAGGCCGCCGGGACCCAGCGCUGUCGUCGUCACCGUCCCCCACAGCCUACAUACUGCUAUCAGCAUACUAUUUACCAUGAAACUUCUACUGAAAAGCCUACAGACUCCCUAUACUUUGUUAAUUUUGAAAUGCUGAGUACUUAAUAGGCACUCAGUAAAACUUGAUACUUGAACAAUUAUUUUGGACAACCCUCUGCAAUAUAAGUUGAUACUGGAGCUUGGUUCAAAGAAACCGACCAGCAGGCAGCAUACCCAGGACCAAAGGACAUUUCUGAUUCAUUUGCAUCACUGAAGAGCAUCUGUAGAAGAGGAAGGAAAAGAUGGGUGUGAAAACAUUUACUCAUAGUUCCCCUUCCCACAGCCAGGAGAUGCUUGGAAAGCUAAAUAUGCUUCGAAAUGAUGGACAUUUUUGUGAUAUCACUAUUCGUGUCCAGGACAAAAUCUUUCGGGCUCACAAGGUGGUACUGGCAGCUUGCAGUGAUUUCUUUCGCACCAAACUUGUUGGCCAAGCAGAGGAUGACAGCAAGAAUGUAUUGGAUUUGCAUCAUGUGACAGUCACUGGAUUUAUACCCCUUUUGGAGUAUGCUUAUACAGCAACUCUAUCAAUUAACACAGAAAAUAUUAUUGAUGUCCUGGCUGCAGCCAGCUAUAUGCAAAUGUUUAGUGUUGCCAGCACCUGCUCAGAGUUCAUGAAAUCAAGCAUUUUAUGGAAUACACCCAACAACCAACAAGAAAAGGGACUAGAUGCUGGGCAAGAAAACAGUUCUAACUGCAAUUUUACCUCACGAGAUGGUAGUCUUUCUCCAGUGUCUUCAGAAUGCAGUGUGGUAGAAAGGACCAUUCCUGUCUGCCGAGAGUCCCGGAGAAAGCGUAAAAGCUACAUAGUUAUGUCUCCUGAAAGUCCACUUAAGUGUAGCACACAGACAAGUUCUCCCCAAGUGCUAAAUUCUUCAGCUUCAUAUUCAGAGCCUAGAAACCAACCAGUUGACUCUUCCUUAGCUUUUCCCUGGACUUUUCCAUUUGGAAUUGAUCGGAGGCUUCAGUCAGAGAAGGUUAAGCAGGUAGAAAAUCCCAGGACUUUAGAACUACCGGGCCCAUCUGAGGCAGCUAGAAGAAUGACUGAUUAUGUGACAUGUGAGAGUACAAAGGCUAAUUUGCCGCUGGUUACUGAAGACGAUGUACGGGUCAAAGUGGAAAGGUUAAGUGAUGAGGAAGUUCAUGAGGAAGUGUCCCAGCCUGUCAGUGCUUCUCAGAGUUCCCUGAGUGAUCAGCAGACAGUGCCAGGAAGUGAGCAAGUUCAGGAGGAUCUUCUAAUUAGUCCUCAGUCUUCUUCUAUAGGCUCAGUAGAUGAAGGAGUCACUGAAGGACUACCUACACUUCAGAGCACCUCGGGCACUAAUACUCAUGCAGAUGAUGAAGAUCGAUUGGAAAAUGUUCAGUAUCCCUACCAACUCUACAUUGCUCCUUCUACCAGCAGCACAGAACGACCAAGUCCAAAUGGUCCAGAUAGGCCUUUUCAGUGUCCAACUUGUGGGGUCCGAUUCACCCGCAUUCAGAACCUUAAGCAGCACAUGCUCAUCCACUCAGGCAUUAAACCAUUUCAGUGUGACCGCUGUGGGAAAAAGUUCACCCGGGCUUACUCGCUAAAGAUGCAUCGCCUAAAGCAUGAAGGUAAACGCUGUUUCCGGUGCCAGAUAUGUAGUGCCACUUUCACUUCCUUCGGGGAAUAUAAACACCACAUGCGGGUUUCCCGGCACAUUAUCCGCAAGCCUCGGAUUUACGAGUGCAAAACUUGUGGCGCCAUGUUCACCAACUCUGGAAAUUUAAUCGUUCACCUGAGGAGUCUGAACCAUGAAGCGUCAGAGCUAGCAAACUACUUCCAGAGCAGUGAUUUCCUAGUACCGGACUACUUAAACCAGGAGCAAGAAGAGACCCUUGUUCAGUACGAGCUUGGAGAACACAGUUUUGAAAGCAAUUCAUCUGUCCAAAUGCCUGUCAUUUCACAGGUCUCAUCAACUCAGAAUUGCGAAAGCACUUUUCCCUUGGGGUCUCUUGGUGGUCUGACAGAAAAGGAGGAAGAAAUGCAGGAGCAGCCAAAGACCAAUGCCAGUACUGAGACAAUUAGAGAUGACCCCCCAAAAUUGGAGCUAUCUUCUAUUACUAUUGAAUAAUUUCAUGGUGUGGUGUCCUUUUUGUUUUUAUGUUUUGUUUUAGUAAGUGCCUGUUCUUGGUUCUAUACAUUUUUUAAUUUAAUUUUUUGAAGAAGAAAGGGUGUAAUGGGGGAAAAUACUUUUUACUUUGUUAGCUAUGCUUUAAACAGAAAACUGCAAUAGAUGUCAUAUUUUUCAUGAUAGAGAGAUCACUCUUAAGACUGAGUGAUAAUAAGAUCAUGUCAAAUCAUAAUAGAAGCUGUGAUACAGUUAAGGAAAACCGACUGUCUCAAAACACUUACUAAUUUCUUCUUCCACCAUUAAUGUAGAUUGCCUCUUGUCUGCAGGCCAUUGGUAAAGAAGAAAUCAGAAGACUUUCAGUCUGACUAAAAUGCAAAUAUAUGCCAGAAAUAUAUUACCAUACAGACCGAUGUCCUAAGUAGAUACUUAUCCCUCCGCUUAGGACCUUGAACAAUAUUUUUUAAAGCCUACUGUUUUCUUGAACUGUUUACAGUAAAGUUUUUAUUCUCAAAUUAUUAUGGUAAAUGUUUCUGAAACUUAACAUUCUUUUUUUAUGGUACUCCAUCCUUUAAUGUUUCACACUUCUCCAAAUAUUUUUUGCUUAUGUGGAGGUCUGCAAGAAACUUACGAUUUUUUUUAAGUCCAACUGUGCAUUUAGAAAUUGAGAAGGAAGGAGAAUAAUAUACAUCCUGUCCCAACAGAAACUAGUCUACACAUCUUCAUGCCAUACUUUUUUGGCUGAAAACUUGUUUACCUGAGCUAUGACUGUUGACGUUUGGCUAAGUGGUUUAUUGUCCGAUCCAUUUUCUUCUUGCCCCAUAUUCAGUUGUAUUUUAUUUUUCAAAUACUGGCCUAGUAGCAAAUUUAUUGAAGUAAAAAUAUUGGAAUCUUUUAUGUUCAUACAUGUGUAUGCAUACUUGGUGAUUUUCAUUAUUCUCUUUGGUAUAAAGCAAAGAAUUCUCUGUAGAGGCCAAGUUCUUAACCCAAUAGGGGGUUGUUUACAAAAAGUCUAUGUGACAGUGAUAAAUUGUCCUUUUUCCAAAAUAUUUUAAACGAUUGCCAGGUUUACUAAAGGCAGCAGUUACUAGAGCUUAUACAGACAGUUAAAGCAAUAAAGUAAGAAGUUCAUGGUUCCAUCUUUUCUAGCUUUAAAAAAGGCUCAGUUGGAACUGAUGGUCAUGAAGGCAUUUAGGCAUCUGCAAAGAUCUGACAAGUACCAAUAGGGUAACAGUAACAUUAGAGCAUUAGAUUAGCGAGUAUUCAUUAUGCUGCUGUGGUGUUUGACUCCCUGAGUCAGCUGAAGUUGAAGCUUCUGUGAUGCUAGUGAUUAUGUUCUGUAGCACAUCUAGCACCAUUAAAGCAUCACUGAUCUUGAGCCUCCAAAGAAAAUAUAUGUUGAUUUCGCAGGUUAUGAAAAUUGAAGUAUUCCUUUAUUUCUCCACGUGGUUACCCAAAGUAAAUUAUAAAAGCACUUGUGUAGAAUAUGAAAAGGAAAUUCAAAAAUAAUGCCCUGGUUAAAACAUAAAAUAUUUGCUUUGUUGACAGGUGCUGGGUGGUAAUUGUAGAAUUAUUUUUAGUAGAAAUAUGCUAAUUUCAUUGGACCCGUUUCCAUUUCAAAAAUUGACUAAUUCAUUGUCUAAAUUUAAUCAAAUUUUGAGUUGUUCUCUUUCAUGGCUUUAUGAAUGUAGAAAUGCUAUAAGAUUAUAAAUUAUAUUCCUU